GCCCCUUCCGGGUGUCGCGCGGCGGCGGGCGCAGCAUGAGGCGGGUGACGCUGUUCGUCAACGGCAGCGCCCGCAACGGGAAGGUGGUGGCCGUGUAUGGGACUCUCUCAGAUUUGCUCUCUGUGGCCAGCAACAAGCUUGGGAUAAAAGCCACCAGCGUUUACAACGGGAAAGGGGGACUCAUUGAUGAUAUUGCUUUGAUUAGGGAUGAUGAUGUUUUGUUUGUCUGUGAAGGGGAGCCCUUCAUUGAUCCUCAGACUGAUGGGAGGGCUCAGGAGGAGCUGACAGGGUCCCACACAGACUGGCUGACUCUCAAUGUGGGCGGCAGAUAUUUCACCACCACCCGGAGCACUUUGGUUAACAAAGAACCUGACAGUAUGUUGGCACACAUGUUCAAAGACAAAGAUGCUUGGGGGAAUAAGCAAGAUCCUAGAGGAGCUUUCCUCAUUGACCGCAGUCCCGAGUAUUUUGAGCCCAUUUUGAACUAUUUGCGUCACGGACAGCUCAUUGUAAAUGAUGGCAUUAAUUUGCUAGGGGUUUUGGAAGAAGCCAGGUUUUUUGGGAUCGACUCCCUCAUUGAACACCUGGAAAUUGCUAUUAAGAACUCGCAGCCAGCCGAGGAUCACUCCCCCAUCUCUCGGAAGGAGUUUGUCCGAUUCCUGCUGGCAACGCCCACCAAGUCCGAGCUGCGCUGUCAGGGUCUGAAUUUCAGUGGAGCUGACCUUUCCCGCCUGGAUCUUCGCUACAUCAACUUCAAGAUGGCCAAUCUGAGCCGCUGCAACCUGGCCCAUGCCAACCUGUGCUGUGCCAACCUGGAGAGAGCUGACCUCUCUGGAUCCGUGCUGGAUUGUGCAAACCUGCAGGGGGUGAAGAUGCUGUGUUCCAACGCAGAGGGAGCAUCCCUGAAGGGCUGCAACUUUGAAGAUCCAUCAGGCCUUAAAGCUAAUUUAGAAGGUGCCAACCUGAAGGGUGUGGACAUGGAGGGCAGUCAGAUGACCGGGAUUAACCUCCGAGUGGCCACGCUGAAAAACGCCAAACUCAAGAACUGCAACCUCCGAGGAGCCACGCUGGCAGGGACUGACUUGGAGAAUUGUGAUCUGUCAGGUUGUGACCUACAAGAAGCAAAUUUGAGGGGAUCUAACGUGAAAGGAGCCAUCUUUGAGGAGAUGCUGACACCCCUGCACAUGUCCCAGAGUGUCAGAUAGGGGCCAGAAGACACUGAAAAGGAAGGAAUCCAAACAUUCAUCGUGACUUUCUUCACCUCCUCCCCUUCCUGAGUUCAAGUCAUGGUUAUUAGCCACCUUACAUUUGCAGUAGUGCCUAGGUAAACUCUUUUUGGUCACUUUUGGGGAGGGAAUUUUUGUUUUCAGAGGUACCAGCAGAGAGUUUGUACCUCUGUGAGCAGAGUGAGGAAGUGGUGGUGGAAUCAGAGAGUCUGGCUGGUUUCGGGGGGAAAAGGUUCAAUGGUUUCAUUAUUUAGCAUUGCCUCACUUUGGAAUGCAUUUUAAUUUAUAAAGCACAAUAUAUGCAAUUCUAUUUAUUAGAUCUGUAGCUGCAAUAUGAAUAGAAAAUGUUACUCCUGUACAGUAGCAACCAAGUUGAGGUUUACAGGUGUAUUUGCAGUCUGGAUCCAUGCCAGGGGUGGCUCGGCGUCCCCAGGGGGUGCUCAGGUCUCUGCUGGGGUGGAAGCUGAUGGGAACAUCCCUGCUCAGAAAUUGGAUAUCUUUAAUUAAUCCUCUCCAAAUGAGUGUGGAGGUGCACUGUCAGUCACAGCUGGUGAGAAAAAUCCUGCUUUCACAUGUCCUGACCACACCAGGCUGGAGUUCCUGCAGUGUUUUCACUUUUUGUGGUGAAUUCAAUGCAGGAAGUACAGAGCUGGCACCAAAGCAGAGAGAGGCUGAGGAGCCCCAGCUCGUGCUCUGCCCUCCCCUCAUCACCUCAGCAGGUGAAUCUUUCCCUGUUUCCCCUCCAUGUACUAUGCAAAGACUCCCUGAAAGUUCCCUGGGCAUCCUCCUUUUCCCAGCUGGGUCUUCCUCUUCUCUUUGGGCUGCUUCAGGUGGCUGUAAACGCAUUUUGCCCAGGGCCAGGUGCCCUCCCAGCCCUGCUGUGCCCGUGUAAGAGCAGCUGGAGCUGCUCUGGGGGAGUUGUGCAGGGCAGAGGCCUCAGCACCCCUGCUGUGGAUAAGGAGCUGCUUCCCUGUAGGAUCCACGGAGUUCUCAGCUCACACCACCUUUAUUUUACACACAAUCAAAAAGCACAUGAAGAAACUAUACCAAAAAAAAAAAA